AUGAUGGAAGGUGAGGCCUCGACAGGACAACUCCGAGUUGAAAAGUCGAUUCAGAUGCAAAGGGUCCCAAUUGGUUUUGUGAAUGCAAUCACAGCCUUUGGCACAUUUGCCCUUCUUCUUCUCCUCAUUCAGGUCCAUCGCUUCGUGUUCGUCGGGCCCUCAGAGAAGGUCGGCGUCUCUCGAGGCUUCCAGACUAGACGAACCAGAAAAACCGACUCUUCUUCGACACCGCGUGAGGCUGGUCGUCUGCCCUGUUCUACCGGUUGA